AUGAGGCUUGGUAGUUUUGAAGUAGAAACCCGACGUUUUGUACGCGUUCUACAAGGAAAGAUGCCACACAUCGGACGAAAAUACCGCUACACCAAGAUCAUUUUUGUACAGAACAAAAAGAAGAUGGUCUUUGGGACCAUUGCUAAAUAUAGUCUGGCACUGGUGCUCAUUUGCAUAUUUUGUGUUAUGAAUACGCUCGUGGUUUUGUUGUAUCAGGCGGGUGCGGGCGCCUUCGACGGGGGUCGACCUCGUGGAUCACACAUCGCAGGAUUUCGAUUUGCUGAUCCGUUUGGUAUGCAUCUAAUUAAUAUCGGUCAGUAUGGGAUCGCCAGCGUUAUCUCACCGGAUGAAAUCGAAGGCGAUAACCCUCAUCCGUUUUUACUACCUCUCAACCACCCAGAAAGAUGUCGACACGUUGCCAAUAAGAGCGGUUCAAAUGACGUCUUCCUUCUCAUACUGGUUGCCUCAGCGCCAAGACAUUACACUCGGCGUAUGGCUAUACGGAAGACAUGGGGCCAGCCACAACGGUUGGGACAGUACCAUAACAGAAACGUUAUAACAUUAUUUCUACUUGGAAAACCCAAAAAUAGUAGUAUACAAAUGGCUUUACAACAGGAAGAUAGGAUAUACCGUGAUAUAAUCGAAGAGGACUUUAUGGAUAGUUAUAAAAACUUAACGCUUAAAACGAUCAUGGGAUUAAAAUGGGCGUAUUACUAUUGUCAAGAGGCCAAGUACAUUAUGAAAACAGACGAUGAUAUGCUGGUUAACACCAGAACUAUUGUCUCUUACUUGGAAGUGGCUGAAACUACAGAACUGAUGGUUGGAUGGAUGUUCAAGAAUCCUAAAGUAGUCCGGGAUCCCAAUAGUAAAUGGUUUGUGCCGUUGGAGCAAUAUCCCUACGCGCUCUAUCCGCCAUAUUGCGUAGGUACGGGGUAUGUAAUGUCGGCGGACGUUGCAUUCAACGUAUACAUGACGUCACUGAAAACCACGUUCUUCUGGCUAGAGGACGUCUACGUAGGCAUGUGUCUGUUGAAACUUGGCAUAAAGCCCCGGAUGCACGAGCUAUUUGACAUGCGUAACGUGCCAUAUGACUACUGCACGUACAGAACGUUCAUGACGGUUCACGAGGUGAGCACAACCAGUCUGUACAAGAUGUGGGACGACAUGUCGUUGAACAAAAAUGAAACCUGUGCUGCCAAAGGGAAUCGGACCAAAGUGACCGCAAGCAGCAUCGGUCAGUGA